CUCGUGGUUUCGUGAAUUGAAUGCGACCUCUAAGCCACCACCCUCUCUCUCUCUCUCUCUCAAAACCUUUCUUUCUCUCCCCAACCACCUACAAAUAUGAACACCAGCCUCCUCAAAUGCAAAUUGUCUUCCAGCUUCUUCUUUUAUCCUAAGCUCGUUCUUCUUUGACAAAAAAAGGCUACCUUAUACCCUUCAUAAAGAACACAACUUGACCUUCUUGACAAAUAUAACCAGCUUGACAUUCAAAGGAUUGUUUCUUGCUGAAUUUUUUCCGCUUAUACACACAGGAGGAUCUUGCAUUGGAGACAUAGUUUCUCCAUGGGAGAAGCCCCAGCUUUCGUUGUUGAUAAUCUUCUGCAGAAUCAGGAUGGAUUUGGCUCAAAAUCCAAAGGCUGCAACACCACCACAACCAUCGGGGAUAAAACUUAUGUGAUUGGUGGUGGCAAUGAUGAGUCCACAUUGUCUGUUGAAGUUCAAAUUUUUGACAAAACUACUGGCAAUUGUGUAACUCCUAUCGUGCUGGGAACAAAACCUAACACAUGCAAAGGCCUCUCAGCUGUAUCGUUGAAUGAUGAUCGUAUCUUGAUAGUUAAGAAGGGUUCCACCCCGGAUGACUGCAUUUGGUUCCUUGAGGUGGAUACUCGGUUUGUUAGGGAGCAGAAAAAAAUUCAGGGGACUGAUGUUGUUGCCUGGAGUAAGGGAGCAAGGGGUUAUGCUGAGAAGCCAGUUGUCAUAAGUGGUCCUUCUGGAGUGGGCAAGGGAACAUUAAUAUCCAUGUUCAUGAAGGAAUUCCCAUCUAUGUUUGGUUUUUCUGUAAGCCACACAACCCGUGCACCAAGAUGCAUGGAGAAGGAUGGGGUUCAUUACCAUUUCACUGAGCGAAGUAUUAUGGAGAAAGAGAUAAAAGAUGGGAAAUUCCUUGAGUAUGCUUCUGUUCAUGGAAAUCUGUAUGGGACCAGUAUCGAAGCUGUUGAGGUGGUAACAGAUGCGGGGAAGAGAUGCAUUCUUGACAUAGAUGUUCAAGGGGCAAGAUCUGUGAAGGCUAGUUCCCUGGAAGCAAUUUUCAUCUUUAUCUGUCCCCCCUCAAUGGAGGAGCUUGAGAAACGCCUGCGUUCAAGAGGCACUGAGACAGAGGAGCAGAUUCUUAAGCGACUCCGAAAUGCAAAAACAGAGAUGGAGCAAGGACAUUCUUCGGGCAUCUUUGAUCAUAUCCUGUAUAAUGAUAAUCUGGAUGAGUGUUAUGAGAGCCUUAAGAAACUCCUUGGGCUAGAUGGAGCUGCUGCAGCUACCCAGAGAUCAGCACCCCAAGGGAUUGAUCUGCCUACAGACCAUUCCGUUUCGAAAAUGGAUAACAAGGUUAUCAUAAACUGUGGAACACCGGAACUAAAGAAAGCAUCAAAGAACUUGAUAGUUUUGGAUGUAUCCUCACUCAAGGGAGGAGCUCCUGGACGGACAAGAGGGCUUGACGUGUACGCCAUUGACUCGUUUUCAGAUGGCUUGAAUGGGAUCAAUCAAACAAGCUAAUGAGUCCAGCCUCAUUGAUACUAACAUGGUUUCACGAAGUUCAAAAAUUCGAGUCGUCUUUGCUUUAUAUUCUUAAGAAAGUGAAUGGUGACAAAGCUCUAGACAUGGUUUUUCCGCAAUAAUCCCAUACCUUAAUAUCCUCCAUUUUUUUUCUCACAUUCUUUACUUGUUUUUGAACGGCGACGACUUGGGAUUAAUGUUUGAACAGUUAAUCAAUUACUAUUCCCUUUACAGCCAGUGGGAUGAUUUAUGAUUUGUCGGCAAAAAUGUGCGUAUUCGCUAUCAUAUUGUUAUUAACAUGACUAGUUUCCCUCGAGGAAAUCAGAUUUGAGAUUUUGAGUAGGUAAUAGCUAUGUCAGUGCCAAUCCAUAUUUGUACAAGUUUCUUACACUACAUAGGUUGAAAGAACACUCUCUUUUUUUAAGGUGAAGUGGGUGUUCAUUGGUUUUAUGUAUCAAGUCUACAUUAUACGCGUCAA